UGCAUGCUACAUUUAUAUUAUUAUAUUUUACCCAUAAUAACCUUCAAAUUAAAAAUAAAAAGUGUAUUUUAUGGAUCUGUACAAAUAUAUGGCAAAUGAUUGGAUUGCAACUACACUCUACCAUAAACUUUCCAAAACAAAAAUUGUAACAUAAUUUAGACCUAGCUCAUUACAGCAAUUUUAAGUUUUAAAUAACCAACUAGUCGCUAAAAAUUAAUGAAAGAGCCUCGGAAUAGAUUUAUAUCAAGCUUGCCUUGAUUGGUAUGUAAUCUUAAAUCAAGUGCUAAUGAAAAAUUUUAAGGUUCUGAUGAUAAGUUAAAUUCUAUAUUCAAGAAUACAAGCAUGGUAAACAUGUCUGGUGACAACGAGCAGCCAGAUGAUCCCCUUGCACUUUACGUCAAGGAAUUGGAAGAAAAGGUCAAGAAUCAAAAGUUGUUCAUCGAAGAUAUGGAGACUCAGAAAAGGAAGCUUCUGAUCGCAGCUCAUCCAGAGAGCCAGUGGUGCUCGUAUGCAGGGUUUGUGAUGGCCAAACUAAUAUCCGUGGCCUUAGACCAUAAUGAUGCCAUGGUGCUGUACAUCAUCAAUGAGAAACAAGUGAAAGUGACGGACUUCCUAGCGAUAGUGCACUCGGUGCUCAAGUGCUUCCUGCAGAAGUACGACGAGGUGCUGCCCACAGACGACUCCGAGGAGGUGAAGUUCCUCAUGACCCUUCUGGAGGUGGUCUGGAAGCUGUCGAGCCACCCGGCGGGCAGGGCCUUCUUCGCCAACGACGAAUACGGGCUCGGCCUCAUCAAGCAGUUCAUCGUCAACCUGCCCGACCUGCCCAUUCCGUCGGGAGAUGCGCUCAAGAGGGCCAUGCUACUGCCAGUGUUCAACACCUUCUCGCGCGCCGGGCCGUCGCCAGCGGAUGGCUGGCGCGAGCUGCUGGUGGCCUGCGAGCACAGCCUGCGCGUGGACAAGGACAUCGCCAACCACAUGCUGCUCCUCAGCACCGUCGUCAACGUCUCGCACAACCCGCCGAGCCCGGACUUCGCCCCCGAGUUCGUAAAGCUGAUGUCUUCGGCGACCCUGGAGGCGGCGUCGCGCUCAGAGGCGGGCGGCGUAGCAGUGAUGGCAACUCACGUGCAGAAGACGGUGCUGCAGCUGCUGAAGCAGUCCCGGGAGCCGGAGUCAACUGGGGGUGGCCAAGAGCCAGGACCUAUGGUGGCAGUGCCCUGCCCGGGCUCCAAAGGGCCUCCUUCUCCCACAGGGAACCCCACGAUGAAGUCGCAAUAAACAUACUUACAUCCUCGA